CACAGAGGGCUGUGAUCACAUGCUUCUUUCUCUGCACAGCACGCUGUUUUUGUUUAGCCUCUCCGGUGCAGCUGAGAGCGAGAGUCGCUCACACUGUCAGAGAGCACCACACAGCACGCAGUGCUGCCUAAGCUUGAGUGGAAAGUUUCCACAGCAUGACCAGAGUCAGGACUCAACUACUCCUGUCCCACUGAGAGUAAGCCAUAGCGAAGAAGAGACAGAGAGAGCUCCUGAGCAGGCUUUGACCCCUGACCUCCAGGUGUGGAGGUGUACCAUGUGUUCUCCCGCUCGGGGGGCGUGAACCCAUCUCUGCUGUGAGGAGUCGUCCUGUGGGACCAUGGGAACAUCGACGCUGGGGAAGGCAGCCCCCCUCAACAUGCUACUGGAUUCCUGCAUCCAGGCUUUUGAUGACAAUGGGGAGUUGCAGUCCAACCAGCUCCCUCGCACCCUGCUGCUGAUGCACCGCUGGUAUGUCACGUCCACAGAGCUGGCCGGGAAGCUGCUCGUGAUAUACCGUGACUGCCAGGGAGAUGAGUGCCAAAGAACGAGACUGAAGAUCUGCUAUUUAAUGAGGUACUGGAUUACGGUGUUUCCUGCAGAGUUUAACCUGGACAUGGGCCUUAUCCGCCUCACUGAGGAGUUCAGAGACGUGGCGGCUCAGCUGGGCUGUGAGGAACACUACAAACUCAUUGACAUCUCCACCAUCCCGUCGUAUGACUGGAUGAGAAAGCUGACCCAGAGGAAGAAGCAGGCCAAGAAGGGCAAAGCCUCACUCCUCUUUGACCACCUAGAGCCCAUGGAGCUGGCGGAACACCUCACGUUCCUGGAGUACAAGUCCAUCAGGAGGAUAUCAUUCACAGACUACCAAAGCUAUGUGAUGCACGGAUGUCUGGUGGAUAACCCAACACUGGAGCGCUCCAUCGCCCUGUUCAACGGAGUGUCCCAGUGGGUUCAGCUCAUGGUGCUCAGUAAGCUGACACCCCAACACCGUGCUGAGGUCAUCACCAAAUACAUCAAUGUGGCCCAGAAACUCCUCCAACUGCAGAACUUUAAUACGCUGAUGGCCGUGGUUGGAGGUCUGAGCCACAGCUCAAUCUCUCGUCUGAAGGAGACCCACUCUCAUCUGGCACCCGAGGUCAACAAGAUCUGGAAUGAGAUGACGGAGCUGGUCUCCUCCAAUGGGAACUACUGUGCUUACCGCAAGGCCUUCACAGACUCCGAAGGCUUCAAGGUCCCCAUCCUGGGAGUCCACCUGAAGGACCUGAUCGCCGUGCACGUGGUCUUCCCCGACUGGGUGAACGACAACAAGGUGAACAUCGUAAAGAUGCAGCAGCUCUACCUCACCUUCAACGAGCUGGUGUCCCUUCAGAGUUCUGCAGCCCAGGUGGAACCCAACAUGGACCUCAUCUACCUGCUCACUCUCUCUCUAGACCUUUACUACACUGAAUAUGAGAUAUAUGAGCUAUCCUUGCUAAGGGAACCACGGAACCCAAAGUCUUUGCCUACUUCUCCAACAACCCUCAACAAGCCAAUGGGCCCUCUGGACUGGGCAUCAGGUGUGACAACCAAACCUGACCCCAAUGUGGUGAACAAGCACAUCAGGAAGGUGGUGGAUUCUGUAUUCAGGAACUACGACCAUGACCAUGAUGGCUACAUCUCUCAGGAGGACUUUGAGAGUAUUGCUGCCAACUUUCCUUUCUUGGACUCUUUCUGUGUGUUGGACAAGGACCAGGAUGGUCUGAUUAGUAAGGAUGAGAUGAUGGCUUACUUCCUGAGGGCCAACCCCUUGCUCCAGUGUAAAAUGGGCCCUGGUUUUAUCCACAACUUUACGGAGAUGACGUAUCUGAAGCCUACCUUCUGCGAGCACUGUGCUGGAUUUCUCUGGGGAAUAAUCAAACAGGGAUACAAGUGCAAAGAUUGCGGCGUGAACUGCCAUAAGCAGUGCAGGGAGCUGUUGGUACUGGCCUGUAGGAAGCUGCCGCGUUCCACCUCUUUGCAAAGUGUCUCCCCUAGAGGCCUGACCCACAGCUCUCUACCCAGCAGCCCCACCAUGCCCACCUUCAAGGAUGAGGACGAGAUGUUUGAGUUCCCCUCGGUGACACCUGGAGGUUCUGACCUGGAGCAUAAGUCCAUCACCCUGAUGACGGGCUCAGCCCAGCGGAUCUCUGUGGGUUUACAGCGGGCCACCACCAGCCAGGCCACGCAGACGGAGCACCUGUGGCCAGAGCACACCUGGGGGUCUGGGGAUGGGGGCUCCCACACCUUCCCCAAGAUGAAGUAUCGACCACACCGGCAGGCCUCCAAGAGCAAAGGCUUUGCCCGCUGGGAGAACGAGGCCCAGGAGGAGCCCAGGGGUCGGCGGGAAUCCCAGGAGCAGACGGACAGACCUGCAGAGGUGGUGCAGAACGGGAUAAUACCACACAGAGAAAAGGUAAUUGCUGCUGAGGUGUGUGUGUAUGUGUGUGUGUUGAGUGUGUAGAUGGAUCAGGGGAUCUCUGUAUAUUGGUCUGUGUGUUGGAAAGUGUGAGUACUUGUGCGUGUGUGUGUUGGAAAGUGUG